GGCUUUAUUUCCUCUACGCUGUCCUACAGGUUAGUAACGUUAUAAGGUUGGCCUUUUCCGGAACAUUUCGCUUUGUAUACACUUCCGGAGACCGGAGGUCGCGGCACCUUCGACGUUUCACUAGCAAGAAAACUUUCAAUUGGAAGCUUUAGCUGUGGCAGUAGAGUCGAAGUCAGACAGGUGAUGAGUUGAAGGCUGAAGGCUGAUUGUUAGGGAUCAUGGAGGAUGACUGCAGGCCUCUGCUGGGCCCAGAUCCCACUGGGGAGAGCCCCUCCCACAGAGGCUCAGCUGGAUCACUGGACAUCAGAACUAAACGGCCUUUCUAUGUGGAGCCCAGGAACAUUGUAAGUGAUGACCCUCAGGAGAGGAUCUCUGCUGAGGCUGCCAUCCUGAACAGUAGAGUUCAUUACUACAGCAGACUGACAGGGUCCUCUGACACAACGUUGAGUCCUCCAAACCAUGUGAUCCCCACACCAGAGGAGAUGUACAUCUACAGCCCUCUAGGUACAGCUUUCAAGGUUCCAGACAGCGAGCAGGCUGCUAAGAACCCCAGCAUUGUCACCAUCUUUGCCAUAUGGAACACCAUGAUGGGGACGUCCAUACUCAGCAUACCGUGGGGUAUUAAGCAGGCUGGUUUCACUCUGGGAAUCAUCAUCCUCAUCUUCACUGGCCUGCUAAUGCUGUACUGCUGUUACAUUGUCAUCAAAUCACCAAAGGCAAUUAGGGGUGUGGACACAUCCAGCUGGGAAUUCCCUGAUGUUUGCAGGUUCUACUUUGGAAAGCUUGGCCAGUGGUCCAGCUUGGUCUUCUCCAUGGUCUCUCUUGUUGGAGCCAUGGUGGUAUACUGGGUCCUAAUGUCCAACUUCCUCUACAACACUGGGCAGUUCAUCUACAACCAUGCUCACAACGUCAGCACAUCCGAUUCAGAGUAUGGAACCAACGGCUCUGAUAGAGUUAUCUGCCCAUACCCUAAAACUCACCCUGGAAGGAAUGACUCCAUGACCAGUCUGUGUGGCAGAUCCUAUGGGAAUGACUCGUCUGGCAGCAGCUUUGAUCUCUACUGGAGUAAAACCAGCACCAUCCCUCUCUACCUCAUCAUCCUGCUGCUGCCACUGCUCUGCUUUCGCUCUGCCUCUUUCUUUGCCAGGUUCACUUUCCUUGGCACUAUAUCAGUCAUCUAUCUGAUUGUGCUGGUCACAAUCAAAGCUUCCCGCCUUGGCUUCCAUCUAGAGUUCCACUGGUUUGGUCCGUCCCAGUUCUACGUUCCAGAGUUCAGGCUGUUGUUUCCUCAGCUGACUGGUGUGCUCACCCUGGCCUUCUUCAUUCACAACUGCAUCAUCACAUUGAUGAAGAGCAACAAAAACCAAGAAAAUAACGUAAGGGACCUGUCCGUGGCUUAUCUCCUUGUUGGAGGGACAUAUAUGUAUGUGGGCGUGUUGAUCUUUGCUGCCUUUCCUUCACCUCCUCUCUCCAAAGACUGCAUUGAACCAAACUUUUUAGAUAACUUCCCCAGCAGUGAUGUGAUGGUGUUUGUGGCUCGAAUGUGCUUGCUGUUCCAAAUGAUUACUGUCUAUCCUCUGCUGGGUUAUUUGGUACGAGUCCAAAUUAUGGGUCAGCUGUUUGGAAAUCAUUAUCCCGGUUUCAUUCACAUUCUUGUGCUGAAUAUUCUCAUUGUUGGAGCUGGAGUUCUAAUGGCCAUGUUUUACCCCAACAUUGGAUCUAUAAUUCGAUUUUCUGGAGCAAUAUGUGGACUGGCCUUAGUGUUUCUACUUCCUUCUUUAGUCCACAUGUUCUCCCUGAGAGAGCAGGGGAGACUCACCUGGCAGUCGGUCCUUUUCCACAGUUUCCUCAUCGUUCUGGGUGUGGCCAACCUGAUGGCUCAGUUUUUUAUGUAGAAAACAACUAGGCAAUAAUUUAAAGAUGAGAAAAUGUAAUGGAAGGUUUGGCUGCCACCACCUAACUGUGGUGUGGUUUAAAUAUCUGGCCAACAGGCUCCAAACACAUGCAAGCAUUUACAUACAUAUUUAUUUCAAUAUGUACUUCAUAGUCAAAUAAAUUUAUAACUGUUAGUUGUUUGUACUUAAAUUGAGUAAAGAAAGUUUUGAACAUGUCAA